ACGAGCACCUCCUCUUAUUUCCUCCCAACAUCGACAAUGUAAUCGAGCAAAGAACAGCGGCCCAAAGAGCGGGGUGACAAUGAAUCAGGGACCUUGGCCGAAGGACAGUCUUCCGAUGGACAGUGAUUGUGCCAAGCUGGCUGAAGCAUUCAACAUUCUGAGCAUGCGACUGGCGAAUGAUGACUGCCACGUGUCGUACGAGCUACUGAGGAGAGCAGAGGUGCUGACUCAGCAUCCAUCUUCUCCUGCCAAACUGGACGGCUAUGAUUGGGUUGCUCGGCCGAUCGAGGAUGCAAGCGUGAGGGCGCGCUUGCGCGCGGUCACUCUCAAUAAUAUGGGUUGCAUUCAGCAGAAACUCGGACGUCCCUAUACGGCCUUGAGGUAUCUAAUGUCUGCUAUGGAGAUCGAGCGGAGGGCACACAUGGCAGAGAAGAGAGAGGGCACACUUCUCAACAUGUGUGCGACGCUGAGUCAGCUUGGGAGACACGUGGAAGCGAGGGAGCACGCUGCCGCAGCCGUGCGGAUCUUAAAAGGGAAGAAAGAUGGUGGACUUGCCAGCACCCAGCCGCUAGCAGGAGAUCUACUAAAAAAAGGCGAGACAGAGAGGGACAGACCAUCAAGGCAGCAGAGAACGAGCAAGGAGGGAGAAGGUGGGAGCUUGGACGGACUGAGGGCUUCCGGCCCAAGCGGCAGCGAUGGCGGCCACGGCUCCUGGGAAGACCUUGCCAGUCCUGCCGGUAUCCGUAUCACUAACGGUACCCGUAACGGUAACCAUAACGGUUUCACUGUCCAUUCGCGGAGUGGUGAUAUGGUAGCACAAGGGGCAUUGCAUUUUUCACCACGUGGUAGCUCCAACCUUGGGUCGAACGGCAACUCGCAAAAGGCAUUCCGAGAAGGGCAACACUGGUGGGGUAGCAACCAUAGCCUCAGCUCGAGUCUGCUGCCCUCACCCAGACGGUGGGGUAUUAGCAUCGCUGCAGAGCUGGCAGGGGACACGGUCCGGAUCAAAGUCAUUAGACAUGAGAGCCGAGGAGAGGAUGGGGGUUGCACUAGCAGAGCUCAUCGACUUACAGAUCAUUGUGAUUCUCCCUCUGGAGAUGGUGGUGAUCCUUGGCCCCCUCGCCAUUGUCAUCAUCCUGACGGUUUUCCUGGUAGUGACAACCUGCAUGUACACAGCAGGAGUAGAAGCAGUUUCAAGAAUGUCCUAAUAUGGACCGAGAGCUCCUGCGGAUUCUCGUCAAGUCAACGGCGGAGAAACAACUCGAGGAGAGGGACCGCAGCAGCAACAGCUAGGGAGGGAAGCAGUGGAAAGAGCGCCCAGGACGUGUGCUUGAGGCCCUGGACGACACCAAGUCGGGAACCGCCAGUCAAAAGCUUUCCAGCUGGCACCCAUGAAUCCCAUUUGGAUCUGCCUGGGGUACGCAAAAGGCGGUACAGACCCCAAUCUGUGCAGUACUACAUUGUUCACUCUUUGAGCCAGGCGCUUCCGAUGGCCAAAGAAGAGAACAGGGUCAGAGGAUGGCUGUGCCAAGAUGAUAAUGAUGAUGACAAUGAUAGUCACACCGAUGAUGAUGCUAAGGACAUAUUACCCUCUCCCUUGGUUCAUCCAGUUGAACGGCCCGCCUGUGGAAGCAUUAGGGGUUUUGAGUCGGAUGACGAUGAUGAUGUCACAGACAAUUCCCCCUCCCCCAGUCUUCUUCCGGUCACGAUGGUGGUGCCUGUUUCUCCUGCAAUCAACAGAGUCAAGAGUGCAAAUCAGACUUCGACUACGGGGAAUAGUAGCCCAGAGACGCGAUUGAAUACUAGCGUAUGUGAAGGCAGUGGUAACUGCACUGCAGGGACUGCUGCUGCCUCUGCUCAAAUCGCCUCUGCCAGUCUGGGUUGGAUGACCACAGGAAGAUUAUCGGGGAGAUCAGCUAUGGCGAGAAGAAUCUCUGCUUCUUGCCCGCCUGUGCCUGAAUGCGAUACCGAUGAUGAGACUGAUGAUUCCGAGAUCUGGAUGACGUCCAGAAGAAGAAUGGUAACUGCAUCUCCCGCCGCUGAUCAAGACCAUCCUGAGUCCAGGGCAAGGAUGGUUUGGACCGCCGGUUCCCUGAAUGGCCACUUUGGCAUCGAGGAAGGAUCUUCCGAGGUGAUGAAAGGAGGAGCGAGUGGUCGACAGCAUGCUCCCGCUACUACAAAACGCCCCUACCUGCCGAAAACUCCCAGGCCACCUCUCCCCAAGAGCAGCCCGACAUUGACAGCAGUGUCUGCCCAUAGCCUUGCAUCAGGCAACGCUCACGACACCCCACUCCCACCACCUAAAUCCCCCUCUUCCAUAGGCAUGCAGGUCCGACAUCCCUCGUCUUCUUUGUCCCCUUCAGCACCUCUUUGCAAGGGUCAAGACGUGUCCUCCAUUGGCCACGUGGCCUGCAUGGGGCUAGAGCUGCCACCGAGUACUGCCAGCUGUAGCAGCAGGAGCAGCAGUAAGAGCAGCAGGCACUUGCCCAGCCGGCAAGAUCAGGGAAAUAAGCUUGAUGAGAAAGGCAAACUUCAAGGCUUAACUACAGAAGAAGAGAAACUAGUCCCUUCCCUUAUCUCCGCUGGGUCUGGGCUGGAUCAUGAGGCCGACAAAGGUGGACCACCAACAAGGAAUCCUAUCGGUCCUGGCUGUCAUGAUGAGAGUGAAGCAGAGGAUGGCGACGGGGGUCAUCGCGAAGGCAAAGGAGUUAGGACACGGCCUUUCAUUCCUACCCUCUCUCUUGACAAGGCGACUAAAGUUAGAGCUUCAGCGAUUGAGGGUGCGAGGAGCCUUCGCAGACAGAUCAGAUCCAGAGCCCGCAGGGGUUUGAGAACAGCAGGGGAUGUGCACCCUCAGCGUGAUUCUCGAUACUGUAUCCAGGGCAAGGACGGUGGCGAUGCACACUCUCGGGACACUAUCAGGGAGGGGGGAGGUGGUGGUGGUGGAUAUAUGGACGGUGUAUUUGGGGAGGCUGCAGAAUCCAACAGCGGUCGCGAAUUGUCAUCCUCCAAAGGUCUAGAUGUUAUGCUAGUCAUUGCACUCCACAAUCUUGCAGUAGAGCAUGAGUUCCUUGGGGAACUUCCUCAGGCUUAUGUAUCAUACAACAGAGCAUUUGCGCUAGCGAAGAGUGUUUGGGGGAAGAGGUCGGGCAUGGCCAGAUUCAUACGGAAGAGUUUGUCGGGAUUUAAGAGGAAACACAGAAGAACCAGAACUGCAUGGCAGAAAACGGAACCUGCAGCUGCCAUUGCAGCUGGAGCGGAUAGACCAGUGGCAGGUCCAGAUUUGAGUUCCAGUCCAGGUCGAAGUCCCAGCACCAGAGCAAAGAGCCACCACUCCGCUCUUACUCGCUUUCAGUGCGACGCAAUGCCAGCAUCUUGGAGCAGCAGCCCCUUGGGAAUGCCCGUGAAAAAGGGAAAUGCUAUCAGUCGGCCACGAGCAAAGCAUAAUAAUCUGACCCUGACCCCGAACCCCGUGCCAAAUGGCAACACAAACCCCUUCGACAGAUCCCCUCUCACAACCAUUGGGCACGGUCACAACAACGAUGGUUGCUGCUGCUACAAUAACAGUGAGCACAGUGAUGGGAUCUCUUCCGACAAUUCGGGUAAUGAGCGCAGUAGACGCCACCGCACCAGCGGCAGCUGCUAUAACGUCGCCAGCCACGGCAGCGAUUGGGAUGAUGAGCGCUCCGGAAAGGUGUCAUCCCCACAGGAAAGACCAAUCAUUCAUCAAGGGGAAGACACAGCCAGGCAUCAUGAUGAUGAUCAUCAACAGAAGGAUCUUGCAGAAGACCAUCAUGAUCAUGAUGGCAUCCUGUCUGAGCGUAGCCUCUCCGUGUGGAACAAGAGUUGGCCUGGCUCGCCUGUUACUGGUAGUCGGGAUCCCUUCGUCCAUCAUGAACCCUUGCCACAGCAUAGCCGGAAGAGCUGGGUACCGUUCGGUUAUGAAACUACUAGAACAACGGGAGAGGGACACAGGAGAGUCAUGACAGCCGGCAGCUCUUCCAGUAGGCACCGAAGUUCAAAAAAUGCGGGCUAUUCAACAACCUCCGGGGGCUCCAGAGCGAAGGGCAACCAUCGUUCCAGGGGCCGGGGCAAAGGAAGUUCGGUACAAAAGCUGUUCUCUUUCAUUGACCUGGCAGCAGGGAGAUUGGCGGAAUGGAAACCCAGCACUACUGCAGUAGAUGGGUCAUCAAUAGAGAACAGCUUUCUUCGCACCUGCAGUGGCUACAUCAACGACAAUAUCAGCAGUGGCAACACCCUAAACAUCAUGCGCAGAAAGGAGAGAAAGACCAUGAGCGGUGGAGAGCCUGGCUAUGGUGGUCAGCGGUCGGUCCCUGCCCUACCCUUGACAGCUCAAGGCCUCGCCAGAAGAAGACGGUUUUGGGACAAUGCUGUGAUGAGGAUAUACUUGCACCCUCAGGGACAGAAGAGGAAAAUGGCACCUAGGUGAUUGGUUAUACAAAAGAAAUUGAUAGCAAACACUCAGCAAGAGAUCCAAACACUAAAAUAGACAUUGCAUCACCAUGCAGCAGCUCUCGCACAAUGGCUCUCUUCUAGUAUCUCCUUCAAUUUGCAGCUCUUGCUGUCGAGGGCAAAUGAAUCGAAUUGCGGGUG